AUGCGGACUGCUCGCAGGUCGCGGAACGCCUCCGAGCCCUCUUCCCGAUUUGUUUCUCUCGUCUCGCUAUGCCAUCACCACCAUCGCCGUCGAAACCCCGCCGGCGACCGCAAGACGGACGCCGCCGCCCAGGACGGCCCCGCCGAAGAGCCCGAGAAGCCCUUUGAGCUUCCCACCGAAGAUGCCCAAAAGGGUGUGCAGACCAUCGAGGCCGUGACCUUGACCUGGUCCAAGCCGUCCCUCAUCGCCGUCUUCAUCCUCAUGUUCCUCCUCUACUUCGUCAACGCCUUCCAAGCCUCCAUCCUCUACAACCUCAUCCCCUACGUAACCAGCGACUUCGAAACCCACUCCCUCCUCACCGUCAUCUACAUCCAAGGGCAUCUCCACCUUUGCGCCGCCGAGGUCUUCUACACCAUCGGCUUCGGCGGCAUGACCUACAGCGUCGACGUCAUCACCGCUGACGCCUCCAAGCUCAAGAACAGAGGUCUCGCCUACGCCUUCACGUCCUCUCCCUACAUGAUCACCGCUUUUGCCGGCGCCAAGGCCUCCGAGGACUUUUACGAGGGUAUCAGCUGGCGCUGGGCCUUUGGCAUCUUCGCCAUCAUCCUGCCCUUCGUCGCCGCCCCGCUCUUCGUCGUCCUCAAGGUCAACCUGCACAAGGCCAGGCAGCAGGGCAUCAUUUUCAGGGAAAGCAGUGGUCGGAGCUUCCUCCAGAACGUCUGGCACUACACUCUCGAGUUUGACGCUUUGGGCGUCGUUCUCUUCGCCGGUGGCCUCACCGUAUUCCUCCUUCCCUUCACCCUAGCCGACACCGCUCCCAACGGCUGGUCAACCGGCUACAUCAUCGCCAUGAUCGUCGUCGGCUUCGUCGUCCUCGUAGCUUUCGGAAUCUACGAGGCCAAGCUCGCCCCCAGGCCCUUUAUCAACUUUACCCUCCUCUCCGACCGCACCGUCGUCGGCGGAUGCCUGCUAUGCAUGACGUACCAAAUCUCCUACUACUGCUGGAACAGCUAUUUUACCUCUUUCCUCCAGGUCGUCAACAACCUCAGCGUCUCCAAGGCCGGUUACGUCGGCAGCACUUUCGACGUCGUUUCCGGCGUUCUGCUGCUCAUUGUCGGUAUGGUCAUCCGCAAGACCGGCUACUUCCGGUGGCUCCUGUACUUCGCCGUGCCUCUCUAUAUCCUGGCCCAGGGCUUGAUGAUUUACUUCCGCCGUCCCAACGGCUACAUUGGCUAUAUCGUCAUGUGCCAGAUCUUCAUCUCCGUCGGCGGUAGCAUCUUCAUCAUCUGCGAGCAGCUCGCCGUCCUGGCUGCCGUCGAUCACCAGCACAUCGCUGCCGGUCUUGCUCUUCUCUACGUCGCUGGCAACGUCGGUGGUGCCAUCGGCAACACUAUCUCCGGCGCCAUCUGGACCAACACGUUCAGGAACGCCCUGGCCCGAUACCUUCCCGAGUCGGAGCUUCCCAACUUGCAGGACAUCUAUGAUGAUUUGGAGGUCCAGUUGAGUUACGAGGUGGGAACGCCUGAACGCUUGGGCAUCCAGGAAGCGUACGGAUAUGCGCAGACGAGGAUGUUGGCUGCGGGAACUGGCAUCAUGACCCUUUCCUUCAUUUGGAUAUUCCUCAUCAAGAAUAUCAAUCUCGCCAAGAAGCCACAGGUCAAGGGUAUGGUCUUCUAA